UCACAUCAAGGGGGGAAGAAAAGAGGACAGAGGGUCCCAGGGCAGGUCCUAAAAAAACUGGAACAGUGACAGACUGUCUCUCCACACCAGUCGGCGCACCUCACUAGGAUUUAACUUUGCACUACAGUAUCACACAUCACCACACCCUUGUGGAUUGAUUGGCUCAAAGUUUUCCCCGGCACCGCCUUCAGCAAAGCGGAUCCGCCCUUUCCCAGCGCUCCCCAGCCUGUAGCUGCCAAGCCAGCUGGCACUUUGAACUGAUAUUCUGACCCAUUACUGUAUACUAGAAACUUUGACCUUUAAAUUAAAAGUGAGUCACUCUUUUACUUUAUUACUUAGUGAGGUGAUCUCAAUCCAAAGAACACUAUGCGGACCAUGGACAAACUCUCAGGGACCUCUCACUGUGGAAGUCCAGCCUGCAGUCUGUGAUUUAACCUUCUUCUUCUUCUUCUUCUUUUUCUUCUGCAUUAUGCAAAACUGCAGCAGCAGCAGCAGCAGAUGAAGUUUUUGAGUUGUUUUUAUGAGUUGGUGAAACUGUUGGAGGAAAUUUGUUGACCGAGCUUCCUUUUUGCCGGGUCUCCUCACCUGAUUUUGCACGCCACUCCCAGCCGGUGUAAAAAGCCUCUCCGCGGCCCCUGCGGCGGUCAGGAUGGGCUCCCUAGUGUGGACACCGGGGACUCUGCCUGCGUGGAAAGCCACGAUCUUCCUCUUUAACAUAAUCUCAGCUGCUGUGGCCAAAAGACACGUCGUGUAUUGGAAUUCAACGAACACAAGGUUAACAGCAGGAGAUCUGUCCAUCCAGGUGACUCUGAAUGACUACCUGGACAUUUAUUGCCCACACUACCCCAAUAAGGAGACUCUUGGCCCCGGGCAGCCAGAGACGCUGGCUCUUUACCUGGUGGGAGAGGCCUCUUUCCAGGGCUGUGUGGAGACCACAGGGGCCAUUAAGAGGUGGGAGUGUAACACCCCCUAUGCUCCCUUUGGACCAGUGCGUUUCUCUGAAAAGAUCCAAAGGUUCACCCCGUUCUCGCUGGGAUUUGAGUUUCUGCCAGGGCGCCACUACUACUACAGCUCUCUACCCGCAGAUGAAGGCCCUCCUCUGCCAUGUAUGAAGUUGCGUGUCACCGUGUGCUGUGAGCCCACAUCAGAAGGUUCAAAACAAAUACAAGAAACUGUGUCUAGAAGCAGUGAUUGCUCGCUGACGACAGCUUCGCCUCCGCUCCUCCUCAUCCUCAUCUUCAUCCUGCUGACCACCUGAUGUCCUCAUCCGUCCUCGUGGCUGACCUUGUACCCAUUCUCCAUCGGAUCGGGAGAUGAUUCUCAGAUGUUCAAGUACACAAUGCAAUCUACUCUCAGACAGUGAAUGACACAAUUCAAUCUAUGCUAAGCUAUCGCAAAUGACACAUGUUACCUUGUGGCCGUUUACCUGUGAAAUUCCAGAAAGAAUCAGGUGUCUUCUCCAAAACAGGGCCACAGUGACUCAGGGACUGGCACUCCGAACCACAGUGAUUCAUUUCUUGUUAUUUUCCUCUCCCACCUGUUGUGUAAGUAGUAACGCAGAAUAUUACACAUAGAGCUAGUCAUAAGACUCAUAUCCCACUCUGAUGCCAGAAGAACAAUGAGUCUGUCAGGACAAAGUUUCCCCUCUUUCUCAUCUCUGUUUCUCAUUUUCUCCGUGUUGUGUUGGAUUUACUUCUUUUUGAGAACCUGUCUCAAGUUGAAAAGUGACCAAAUAAACACGUACUACUGUACUGAGUGUCUGGAGGUUGAGGUCGGUUAGUUAGCUGGACACAUUUUAAACUGCCUUAUUUGCAUCUGAAUAAGAUUAUGAUGUAUUAAAAAUAAUAAUUGUUUUUGUUGUUGUAAACUUUUCUAAUUAAUCAGAUUUGGGCAUUUUAGGAGGAAAUGGGGGAAUAUUUUGGAAUAGUCAGGCAGGGCUGCUACGCCCCCUACUGGGAUUAAACUGGUUUAACUGGAAUUGGACUGGGUUGGCCAUAAACCCAGAAACUGGACGUUAGAUUUUGGUGCUGUAUGGAAAUAAUGGGACCUGGGACAGAAUUUGUCCUAUCUGCUUGGACCCACUUGUCAUUUUGCCUCUCCUCCCCUCUUGCUUCACAAUAAAGCACAGACAGAACAGAGGGGUUUAUGGGUAAACGCUCGUCUCGCUCCACUGUACACACUGCGGACCACUGAGGAGGCUGAUUGGUUGAUGCUCCUGUUGACCAACCAGAUGUGCAGAUAUGCACACAAGCCUUUUGUCAUUUUUGUUGUUGUUGUUUUGUUUUGUUUUGUUUUUUUCACAGGAUUCUUGAUUUUAGGUUUUACUGUAUAGGUAAUAUAUUCUGCAAAAUGAAAUAUAUUAACGACAUAAUUCAGUUUUUUUAGUGAGAACCAUUCGCUGAUAUUUACGUGCAAAAGUCAGAUAAAAAAUAUUUUUUGGGCACAAAAACAAUGAUUUAUAUUCUGGAUAUAUAUGUAUAUACUGGUAUGUUUUCAAUAUGCUCUGCUGCAAUGUAGUUUCACAAGUAAAAUAAUCUGAUGGUGAAAUUAUUUACAUUUUUUGCCAAAUAUUUUUUUUUAUAGAAAUCUCUUCAAUUGACUUAUUAAUUAAAUGAAAAUAUCACACU